GCGUCUUCUUCUGCGCGUCCGCUGCCACGGUCCUCCAGCUCCACCAACAUUCGACUAAAACGGGCACGCGGGUUUGGAGGGGAGCGCGCACCUGUUCUGGCGCAUGCGCAGUAUCGCUGAGGGCGCGACCCGACAGCCGCAGUGAUGCUAGUGUCCCUGUAACGCGCUCCACACACGGAUGGGUUUAGUACCGUCUGCUUCAGCCCCGGGCCUGUGAGCGGAUCCGGUUCAGUCCGGGACGAAGGUGUUUCCUCAGCGCGGAGUAACGGAUCCCGCGACCUUGCGCUGAAUGUCAUUAGAAACGGGUUUCAAUCGCGCUACGCCCACCAUCCCUCUGUCACAGCACCUGACCCCUCACCUCUCUUCUCUUCUCUCUUCUUCUUCUCUUCUCUCUUCUUAUUCUCUCCUCUUCUUCUCAGACCCUCAGGGUUUGAGUCUCGGUGAUGGAGAUUAUAAAGCACACACUCAGCCACACAGUCGAUCUCUACAGAUGGAGUCUCAGCAUCGCAGACAAGCGAGUGGAGAAAUGGCCGUUGAUGGACUCUCCGCUCCCCACGCUGGCCAUCAGCUCCUCGUACCUGCUGUUCCUCUGGCUGGGGCCCAAGUACAUGCAGGGCCGGGAGCCCCUCCAGCUGAGGAAGACCCUCAUCCUCUACAACUUCAGCAUGCUCGUCCUUAACUUCUUCAUAUUCAAAGAGCUCUUCCUCGCAGCCCGAGCGGCCAACUACAGCUACAUCUGUCAGCCUGUGGACUACUCAGACGAUCCUAAUGAAGUGAGGGUGGCAGCAGCUCUGUGGUGGUACUUUAUUUCUAAAGGUGUGGAGUACCUCGACACUGUGUUCUUCAUCUUACGCAAGAAGUUCAGCCAGAUCAGCUUCCUGCACGUCUAUCACCACUGCACCAUGUUCACUCUGUGGUGGAUCGGCAUCAAAUGGGUCGCCGGGGGACAGUCCUUCUUCGGGGCUCAUAUGAAUGCAGCCAUCCAUGUCCUGAUGUACUUGUAUUAUGGGCUGGCCGCAUUCGGCCCGAAAAUACAGAAAUAUCUGUGGUGGAAGAAGUAUCUGACCAUCAUCCAAAUGAUCCAGUUUCACGUCACCAUCGGCCACACGGCUCUGUCGCUGUACUCCGACUGUCCGUUCCCCAAGUGGAUGCACUGGUGUCUGAUCGGAUACGCCCUCACCUUCAUCAUCCUCUUCGGGAAUUUCUAUUACCAGACGUACCGCCGCCAGCCCCGCCGCGAGACCACGGCCAAACCCGGCAAAGCCCUUCAUAACGGAGCCGCCAACGGAGCCCUGAGCUCCAGUAACGGAAAGACGGACGAGAAACCGGCCGAGAGCGGCAGGAGAAAGAGGAAGGGCCGAGCGAAGCGCGAUUAAAACGGCUGACAGGUUAAAGGUCAGGAGCUGUUGACAAACAAACAGUAUGACUGCAGAGAGAGAGAGAAACGAGCCUAGAUGUAGAGAGACUGAACAAUAUCUUUCCUUUCCGUCCUCCUUAAAGGGACAAUUCACCUUAAAAUCAUUUACUCACCCUCAAGUUGUUCCAAACCUGUACGAGUUUCUUUCUUACGUUACACAAAAAAAAAAGAUGUUUUGAAGAAUGUUAUUAAAACAAACAACUGACGGUAGCCAUUGACUUCCAUAAUAUGGAAACAAAUACUACAGAAGUAGUGCUGCGCGAUAAAUCGCAUGUGAUUAUUGUCAGUAGAACCGGUUCUGUGAUUAGUAGUAAAUCUCCAUCACAUGCUUUCAGAUGGAGCAGCAUUUAAUACACAGAGCUAUGCAAAAA